AUGGAAGACCCAAUCGCCCAAGAUCAUCAGCCCCUCAAGCCCAAAGGACGCAAGAAAUCCAAGAAGGCCAAAAAGAAGGCGCCUCUUCCCAGCAUUGUCCUCCAGCACGGUUUGACACUAGACAUGGAGAGCAGCGGUGCCGGACAUCCUGACCCUCCGUGCACUUCCCCACCUACGUAUACGUCUACCCCAGGCCCGGUUACAAGCCUCACUAUUGAUGAAGCAGGCCAAAGGCCUAUCUCCCCUACGGCUCAAUCGAUCUCCUCCAUUGACGCUCCUUUGGCCGAUCGACGGAAGCAACCGUCACGUGGAAAUAAGAAAGCCAAACCCAAGACUGCAAUUAUGGUUAUGGAGGAGCCCCUGCGCCGAGAAUGGGCCGACGACCAGCCGCCAGAAGAGGCAAGGCCCAACGGUGCACAUGUACCGCCAUACGGAAGUGAUGCAGCAGGUGGCGGGCAAAGGUCUGCACAUGGGGACUUGCACGGGGAGCUUUUAGGCAGAGAUGGUCUGGAAAUCCAAGAGCAGGAACGAGACGAGACCAACGGCGUCAUUGUUAACGGUGCUGAAAAAACAGGAGUAGGCGUGGUAGAGAGGGCUAUUAUGCUGGUUGAAGAAGAUAGAGAGAGCGUACCCACGCCAGUGCAGCAAAUCGAGUCGGUAUUUCAGAAAUUAUCGGAGACUGGGCUGAACGUAUUCGAUACCCAGAAAGCACCUUCUGGCGAGGCUCUCGGAUUAUUUACCGAGGAUACCGCAGUGGAAACUCCCAACGACAUUAAGAAGAAGGAAAAGAAGGUCAAAAAUAAGGAGAAGAAGAAGAAGGCCAAAACACUAGUUACCAGUCUAGAGGAAGCUGGCAUGCCUCAGCUGCCAACGAAUGAUGCCGAAGUUAAGAAAGAGAGCGAAACACCUCUCAGACAGAGAGAGCCAUCAGCAAAAAAGGAUAUGCGCAUCAAGCUAGACGUGGACCUUGAAAUAGAACUUUUGUCCAAAAUGAAAGUUAAGGGAGAGAUUAUGGUUACGUUUCUCUAA